CUCGCUCAUUGGGUAUGCUGGAAAUUGUCUAUUGUCCUACUGGUCAUUUGUUGAACUGCUAACGCGUGUAAAGGUUACUUCUGCUCCGCUGCCACCAAACCACGUUGUCCAAAGGCCGUCGAUCACGUUUCAUUAAGUAUUUUCGUCGUCGCGUCGUAGUUAUUUGUACGGCAAAAGGAAGGUUUCUUUUGAGCAGACGAUGCGUCCUCGUUCAUCGAGGAACUCCACGUCAUCUAACUUGACUCCGCUACUACCUAGUCAAUCACCGGUUUCGUUCAUCUUCGUGCGCUGCUCAGUGUGCCGGGCAUAUUUUACGGUAUUUAAUUUCUACGGAAUACUUGGGCUCAUUCUAGGCAGUGUUCAUUUACCGCGACGUGAGUGUCACCGUUGCCGUCGCUGACUCGUGCCCACGCACUUGUUGCUGCCCCUUUUGGGCACCCGUGUCGGCCAUUUUUGUGUACGGUGGGACUAUUAGACCCGACGACCGUGUAACGCCGUCGCCGUACCUUCAUAAUAUUAUAUAUACGGGGUGCUUGCCGAGCAAUAAAUACCGCAAAUCGUCGAGUGUCGACCUUAAUGCAGGAGAUAAUCAAAACCAAAUUUAUAACAUUGUGUAGACACGUCAAUUAUUUGCCGAAAUCUAUUUUAUUUUGUAUGUAAGUACCUAUUAAAUCGUCCUAAUUUUACAAUUUUAUUUUAAUCUAAUGUUAAUAAUGUCUCUUUUAGAACAUGGUAGGACAUCGCGUCAUCAUGCGUAUAUGUAUUGUUUGUAACACUCCUAUUCCCUCGAAUACUUCAAUGGAGCAGGUUAUCGCCGAAUGUAGAAGUGCCAACUGCAAUCAGCCAUGUGUUCAUAGAUGGUUAGAAAGUCAAAAUCAAAAUUUGUGCCAGGCCUGUAUAUCCGUAAUUGGCAGAAACAGAUUUGCACCAAAUUUUGGAUCUGCAAAUACUAUUGAUGACAACAGAAAUGAUGUGCCACCUGCUGAUAGAAGAACAGAAGCAUCUGGUGGUUUUACUGAUUUCAUAUGUACCUUGGGCUUGUAUUGGACUUAUAUUAUAAUAUUUAUUAUUAUCCUAGCGAUAUUAUGUGCCAUGGUCUUAAUCAGUAGCAAAUGGGGUAGACUCCGGGAACGGAAAAUUUUAUAAUUAUAAAGUACUUAAUUUCAUUUAGUUUUGAAUUUUCCAUUAAAAUUAUUAAAUAAAAUACCUCAUAUAGUAUAUUUUAAUCAUAAAUACAGUGUUUUUUGCUAUAGUUAAUACUUAAUAUAUUGCGUUAUGAAAUGCUAAUGCAUCAAUAAUAGUAAAAAAUACAUAUUACAUUAUGUAAUGACAAAAAAAAAAAAAUUCACC